GACACAGGGAUCACAUUUACGAAGGGAUCUUUCAAGAGCCUCAAAAGCAGGACUACUUCAUGAGCCAACUCGUAGUGACAAGCCCUGCCCCUGCAAGUGAGAAGGGGGGCGCUUCCAAAUCAAGCACCAUUUGUCAAGCCAAAUACCAGAGUCUCUCGCCUCUUGGAGUUUAUGGGCCAAUUUCUCCCAAGAUGUGUGAGCUUGUUGUGCCUCCGCCAGUGGACUCGCCAGCGGCUGAGCAGCUCAGAGUGACAGCGACUCAGCGUCUGGAAGCCCCACUGCGUCGUGAAAUGAAGGCCCUCUUUGCCCCUGAUGCAGCCCGGGCGAGCCCCGAGGCUCCAGAAGCGAGCAUCUCCCAGCUCCUAAAGAGCAGACAUAUAUCCUGCCUUUAAGACAAGACUACAAUUGCAAAUCUGAGAAUAUAAAUUACACUUUCAUCUUU